AUGGCGGCCGCAGACGAUAUGAAGGUCGACCAGCCCGAACAGGCCAUCGACGAGGGUCUUUACAGCCGUCAGCUCUACGUGCUCGGCCACGAUGCCAUGAAGCGCAUGGCGGCCAGCAAUGUGCUCGUCGUCGGUCUCCGCGGUCUCGGCGCCGAAAUCGCAAAGAACGUCGCGCUCGCCGGUGUCAAGAGCAUCACCAUCUUUGACCCCACCCCCGUCUCCAUCUCCGAUCUCAGUACACAGUUCUUCCUCCGUCCAGACGAUGUUUCUGCGGGUGCACGCAGGGACCACGCUACCCAGCCUCGUCUCGCCGAGCUCAACACCUACGUGCCCAUCCGUGUGCUCGAAGAGACCGAGCUGAACAAGGAGGUGCUCGCCCGCUUCCAGGUCGUCGUCCUGACCGACGCUCUCUACGCCGAGCAGCUCCGCAUCAACGACAUCACCCAUGGCUCCUCCACCCACUUCAUCUCGGCAGAGGUGCGCGGUCUCUUUGGUUCCGUGUUCAACGACUUUGGACCCAACUUCCUCUGCAACGACCCUACCGGCGAACAGCCGCUCUCCGGCAUGAUUGUCUCCAUCGCCAGCGAGGACGAGGAGGGUCUCGUCACCACGCUCGACGAGACACGUCACGGUCUCGAGGAUGGCGACUAUGUUGCGUUCACCGAGGUACAGGGCAUGGAGGCGCUCAACAACAGCCAGCCACGCAAAGUCACCGUCAAGGGCCCCUACACCUUCACGAUCGGCAGCACAAAGGGUCUCGGCGAGUACAAGCGCGGUGGUAUUUUCAAGCAGGUCAAGAUGCCCAAGGAGAUCGCCUUCAAGUCACUGCGCGAGAGCGACAAGCAGCCCGAAUUUCUCAUCGCCGACUUUGCCAAGUUUGACCGCCCCGCCGCCCUCCACGCCGGCUUCCAGGCGCUCUCGCAGUUCCAGCAGAACAACGGACGCUUGCCUGCGCCGAGGAAUGCGCAAGAUGCCGAUCAGGUGCUUGAGCUCACCAAGCACAUCAUGGAGGCUUCCGGUCAGAAUGCGGCCGAUCUGCCUGAAAAGGUGAUCCGCGAGCUCGCCUUCCAGGCGCAAGGUGACCUGUCUCCCAUGGUCGCGUACGUCGGUGGCUUCGUGGCGCAGGAGGUGCUCAAGGCAUGCUCGGGCAAGUUCCACCCCCUCGUCCAGCAUCUGUACGUCGACUCGCUCGAGUCGCUGCCGGACAACAUCACCAGUCUUCCCGAGAGCGAGUUUGCGCCCGUCAACUCGAGAUACGAUGGCCAAAUCGCCGUAUUUGGUCACACUUUCCAGCAAAAGAUUGCCAACACCCGUCAAUUCCUCGUGGGUUCCGGUGCCAUCGGGUGCGAGAUGCUCAAAAAUUGGAGCAUGAUGGGUCUCGGCAGCGGUCCCGAGGGUGCCAUCCACGUCACAGACAUGGACACGAUCGAAAAGUCCAAUUUGAACCGCCAGUUCCUCUUCCGCUCCAAGGACGUGGGUCACUUUAAGGCCGACACGGCCGCCGCCGCCGUGGCCGAGAUGAACCCAGACCUCAAGGGCAAGAUCCACAGCCACCAGAACCGCGUGGGACCCGAGACCGAGGACGUCUACGGCGACGAGUUCUUCGCCUCGCUCACCGGUGUCACCAACGCGCUCGACAACGUGCAGGCGCGUCAGUACAUGGACCGUCGCUGCGUCUACUACGAGAAGCCGUUACUUGAGUCGGGCACGCUGGGCACCAAGGCAAACACGCAGGUGGUGGUGCCGCACCUCACCGAGUCGUACUCGUCGUCGCAGGAUCCUCCCGAGAAGUCGAUCCCGGUGUGCACGCUCAAGAACUUCCCCAACGCGAUCGAGCACACGAUCCAGUGGGCUCGCGAGCAGUUUGACGAGUACUUCCUCAAGCCCGCCGAAAACGUCAACCAGUACCUGACGCAGCCGGACUACAUUGAGACGACGCUCAAAUCGGGCUCAGGCGCCAAGGAGCAGCUGGACCAAAUCAAGCAGUACCUUGUCGACGAGCGUCCCAAGUCGUUUGAGCAGUGCAUCUACUGGGCGCGUCUGCGCUUCGAGGAGAACUACAGCAACAACAUCCGCCAGUUGCUGCACUCGCUGCCCGCCGAUGCGGUUACGUCGAGUGGCCAGCCGUUCUGGUCGGGUCCCAAGCGUGCGCCCAAGCCGUUGACUUUCGACGUGGAGGACCCGACGCACCUCGAGUACGUGAUGAGCGCUGCGCUGCUGCACGCUGAGAACUACGGCCUGAAGGGCGAGGCGGAUGAGGCGCUCUUCCGCAAGGUGCUGUCGUCGAUGGAGGUGCCCGCGUUUGUGCCCAAGGACAAUGUCAAGAUCCAGACCAACGAGAACGAGGCGGCAGCAGCCAACAACAACAGCAGCAGCGCAGCAGCAGAUUCCGGCGACCUGACCGAGCUCACGAGCAGCUUGCCCGAGGCGUCAUCACUGGCGGGGGUGCGUCUGCAGCCGAUCGAGAUGGAGAAGGACGACGACACGAACCACCACAUGGACUUUAUCACGGCUGCUUCCAACCUGCGUGCGAGCAACUAUGGCAUUUCGCCGGCGGACAAGCACCAGACCAAGGGUAUUGCGGGCAAGAUCAUUCCGGCGAUUGCCACCACGACGGCGCUGGCGACGGGCCUGGUCAACCUGGAGCUGUACAAGCUGCUGGACGAGAAGAAGACACUCGAGGCGUACUCGAACGCGUUUGUCAACCUGGCGCUGCCGUUCAUCGCGUUCAGUGACCCGAUCGCGGCGCAGAAGCUCAAGUACAACGACACGGAAUGGACGCUGUGGUCGCGGUUCAAGGUGGAGCAGGACGUGACGCUGCAGGAGUUUUUGGAUCUGUUCAAGGAGCAGCACGGGUUGGAGGUGUCGAUGCUGAGUUCGGGCGUGUCGAUGCUGUUCUCGGCGUUCCUGCCGGCCAAGAAGAGGCAGGAGCGUCUGCAGAUGAAGAUGAGCACGCUGAUCGAGACGGUGUCCAAGAAGCCCAUCCCGAAGCACGCGCAGUGGGUGAUUGUCGAGAUCAUGGCGGACGAUCUCGAGGGCGAAGACGUCGAGGUGCCGUUUGUGGUGGUCAAGGUCAAGUAG